CCCACCCCCUGCCCGCGCACUUGUGCUGUCACUCAGCCCGGGUUGUGUCGGAGCAGGAGGCCGCCCGCCGGACACUCGGCCCCCGCUCCGCCGGCCCAUGGACGUCGCGCUCCUCCUCGCCCUCGGGCUGCUGGCCCAGAGCCUGGGCCUGUCCUGGGGGGUCCCUGGGCGGACGAGGCCCCGUAUCCUGCACCCGUGGCACCGGGCACCCGCGCCAGGCCGUGUGCGAAGAGCCUGGGUCAUCCCCCCCAUCAGUGUAUCCGAGAACCACAAGCGCCUCCCGUACCCCCUGGUGCAGAUCAAGUCGGACAAGCAGCCACUGGGCAGCGUCAUCUACAGCAUCCAGGGUCCCGGCGUGGACGAGGAGCCCCGGGGCGUGUUCUCCAUCGACAAGUUCACGGGGAAGGUGUUCCUGAAUGCCAUGCUGGAUCGGGAGAAGACAGACCGCUUCAGGCUAAGGGCCUUUGCUCUGGACCUGGGCGGAGCCACCCUCGAGGAGCCCACGGACCUGGAGAUCGUGGUGGUGGAUCAGAAUGACAACCGGCCCGUCUUCCGGCAGGAGGCGUUCACAGGCCGGGUGCUGGAGGGUGCCGUCCCAGUUUCAAACCCCAGUGUCUCCCCAAACACGGUGAGAGGGUUUGCGGAUGGCAAAGCCCAGGUGGCAGCUGUCGUGGCUGGACUGCGCGGAGGCAAGAUCCACGUNCCCCAGUGUCUCCCCAAACACGGAGUUCCUUAG